UUUACACAUACACACAUUACAACUGCACAUUAGUGACAUUUUACCAUCAGCUCCUCUCCCUCAUUGUCAUGAAUAUCCCUUCCACCUUCGUCCUUUUCCUGCUGAUCCAACUCAGCAGCACAGCGACUCACGAUCAUGUCGGUUCAGACGAGUCUGCUGGCUUGUCUGUGACUGACGCUGGAGAAAACGCUGUCCUGAACGGAUCUUCUCUAACAUAUGGACAGCUUCUACAGUACCUGAACCAGCAGGAGAGCGAGUUGGAAGUACUGAAGAACGAGACUCAGCAAUGUUGUGGGGGACAAUGGACGCUUUGGAUCGAGAACCAACAGCAGUCGGUUGAUACUCUACACUUGAACGUGAAUCACCUGGCCAACAUCGUACAGGAACUGCAGAACACCGUGGAAAACCUACAGUUAGCCGUGGAUGACCAGGUCGCCAUCAAUCAACACCAACAGGCCACCAUUCAACGACUACAAUCCACAGUGGAUGAUCAGGCAGACAUCAUUCAGCGACAAGAGACCACAGUGCAACAGAUGCAGACCAUGUUGAACCAACUAUCAGACAAGCUGAACGGCCCCCGUGACUGUAUGGAACUGUUGGCGACUGGACACGAUACCAGCGGUGUGUACACCAUCUACCCUGAUGGAGGAGGGAAAAGUCCUGUUCACGUCUACUGUGACAUGGAUACUGACGGGGGUGGAUGGACGCUAUUCCAAAAGCGCCAAGAUGGUUCGGUCAACUUCUAUCGAGAUUGGGAGGCGUACAAGACAGGGUUUGGGGAUCUAAGGGGAGAGUUCUGGCUAGGUAAUGACCACCUGCACCGUCUGACGGCCCAGGAUGUGUACGAACUGAGGGUGGAUCUGGAGGACUUUGAGGGGAACACGGCCUACGCCAAGUACAACAUCUUCAGGGUGGAGGACGAGGUGCACAAGUACAGGCUCACUGUGGACGGCUACAACGGCACUGCAGGUGACGGAAUGACCGACGCAGUCAACCCUCACCACGGUAUGUACUUUACGACAAGAGACAGAGACAACGACAUCCACCCUACUUACAACUGUGCCGAAGAGUUCAAAGGUGCGUGGUACAGUAGCUGCCACCGCGCAAACCUGAACGGCCUGUACCUGGGAGCGGACCAGCAGUCUCAGGCAGACGGUGUCAACUGGAAACCCUGGAGGGGUUAUGACACCUCGCUGAAAACUGCUGAAAUGAAAAUAAGGCCUAACUAGAGAAAGCACUCCGAGUGAGAAAUCCGUAGCUAAGGCAAAAUAGUCUCCUCGAUGAUACUAGCCGUGCAUGGCUGACAUAAGUCCAUAUUGUCCUAUACGUGCAAGG